AUGGCAGACCAACUAACAGAAGCCCAAAUAUCAGAGUUCAAAGAGGCAUUCUCGCUGUUCGACGACGACAGCGACGGCCUAAUCGACGCCCCCACCUGCCUCAAAGUCCUCCGCUCCUGCGGCCAACACCCCGCCCAAUCCCUCCUGACAACCCUCAAACCCACCCUCGAUUUCCCCGAUUUCCUGGCCCUCAUCUCGCGCCGGCCGCAACACAGCACCAAACCCACCCCACCGGGCGCAGACGACACGGAAUCGGAACUGAAGGAAGCGUUUUAUGUGCUGGAUACGGAGCGGAAGGGGUACAUAGAGGUGGCGAGGCUGAGGAGGGUGUUGACGGGGUUUGGGGAACGGUUGACCGAGAGGGAGGUUGAGGAGGUUUUGGAGGAGUGUAGAGUGGAGAAUGGGAGGAUUGGAUUGGAGGAGUUUGUGAGGGUUAUGGGGGGGAGGACUUAG